AACCGGCGGAGAGACGCGGGGACACUCGCUGAGUCCGCGCGGAUGUUGGAUCGGAGGGGGGCGCACACAGACGCAGGAGAAGCGACGGAUGAGCGGGUCCGUUCCGGGGCUGCGGCGGCCCCCCCGCAGCUCGGCGUCGCCCGUCGGAGCCGCCGGCGGAGGAAGCAUGCGGCUCCCCCCGCUGCUGCUGCUGCUCGUCGGGCUCUGCAGCGGCACAAGUUUCCCAAGUAACAUCAACAUCGGAGGCCUCUUCCCCUCCGGCUCCCACGAGUACGAGGUGUUCCGCUUCGCCCUGACCCAGCAGCAGGACGUCCCCAAGCUGGUUCCCCAGGUGGACAUGGUGGACACGGGGAGCAGCUUCUCCAUGACCUACGCCUUCUGCUCCCAGUUCUCUAAGGGCGUGUACGCCAUCAUGGGCCUGUACGACCGGCGCACCGUCAACAUGCUGAUGUCCUUCUGCGGCUCUCUGCACGUGUGCUUCGUCACGCCGUCCUUCCCCGUGGACACCAACAACCAGUUCGUCCUGCAGCUGCGGCCCCAGCUGCAGGAGCCCGUCAUGGCGCUGCUGGAGGCCUCCUACUGGACCAGGUUCGUCUACAUGUACAGCGCCGACGCAGGCCUGUCGGUGCUGCAGAGGAUCCUGGACACGGCGGCCGAGCGGAGCUGGCAGGUGACCUCGGUGAACCUGGACGUGCUGACGGAGGCCGCCUUCGUCAAGCUGCUGAUCGACCUCGACUUCAAGAAGGACUUCCAGAUCGUGGUCGACUGCGAGCUGGAGCGCCUCAACUCCAUCCUGCACGUGAUUGCCGCUCAGAAGAGAAACCUCAAGAACUACCACUUCAUCCUGGCCAAUCUGGGCUUCAUGGACCUGAACAUGACGGAUUUAGAGAAGUUGGGUCCCAACGUGACCGGCUUCCAGCUGGUGAACUGGUCCGAUCCCUCUGUGGAGAAGAUCGGCCGGGACUGGGUGGACUUCGACAAUAAAGACCUCAAACUGGCCCGCAGGAAGCUCAGGUACACCGGGGCGCUGACCUACGACGGCGUGGUCGUCAUGGCGACGGCAUUCCAGAACCUCCGGCGGCAGCGCAUCGACAUCUCUCGCCGUGGCAACGCGGGGGAGUGUCUGGCCAACCCGCCGGCCCCCUGGGGACAAGGCAUCGACAUCCAGAGGGCCCUGCAGCAGGUGCGUCUGGAGGGGCUGACAGGCCGCGUUCAGUUUGACGAGCGAGGACACCGGACCAACUACACCCUGAGUGUGAUGGAGCUCAGCCACACGGGGGCCAGGAAGAUCGGCUACUGGACCGAGAGGCGCGGCUACGUGAACACAGACGUCUACAAGCCCGUGCAGGAGGAGUUCUACGGGCUGCAGAAUCGAACCUAUGUGGUCACCACCAUACUGGAAGCCCCCUACAUGAUGCUGAAGAAGAACCACGAGCAGUACGAAGGCAACGAGCGGUACGAGGGAUACUGCGCCGAGCUGGCGGCCGAGAUCGCCAAACACGUGGGCUUCGUGUACCGGCUGGAGCUGGUGGGCGACGGCAAGUACGGCGCCCGGGACCCCGACACCAAGCUGUGGAACGGCAUGGUGGGAGAACUGGUGUACGGGAAGGCCGACGUGGCCGUGGCCCCCCUCACCAUCACCCUGGUCAGAGAGCAGGUGAUCGACUUCACCAAACCGUUCAUGUCUCUGGGGAUCUCCAUCAUGAUCAAGAAGCCCACCAAGUCCAAGCCGGGCGUGUUCUCCUUCCUCGACCCGCUGGCCUACGAGAUCUGGAUGUGCAUCGUGUUCGCCUACAUAGGAGUCAGCGUGGUGCUGUUCCUGGUGAGUCGCUUCAGUCCGUAUGAAUGGAAAGCAGACGACUCUGAUGACGAAGAUGAAACUUUGCCCUCCUCUUCCUCUCGUCGAGCUCUGCCCACCUCCUCCUCUGAGCUGGCUCGCUCUCCAGGGUUCCCGCAGAACCAGAACCAGAACCCGCAGAAAGAGAAGGAGGCUCCAGAACACACCAACGACUUUGGGAUCUUUAACUCUCUGUGGUUCUCGCUGGGGGCCUUCAUGCAGCAGGGCUGUGACAUCUCGCCCAGGUCUCUCUCUGGUCGAAUCGUGGGAGGGGUCUGGUGGUUCUUCACCCUCAUCAUCAUCUCCUCCUACACGGCCAACCUGGCGGCCUUCCUCACCGUGGAGAGGAUGGUGUCCCCCAUCGAGGGCGCGGAGGACCUGGCCAAGCAGACCGAGAUAGCCUACGGUACUCUGGAGGGAGGCUCCACCAAGGAGUUCUUCAAGCGGUCAAAGAUCGCGGUCUUUGAGAAGAUGUGGUCCUACAUGCGGAGCGCAGACCCCUCUGUGUUUGUCAAGAGCACCAACGAUGGUGUGAUCAGGGUCAGGAAGUCCAAGGGGAAGUACGCCUACCUGCUGGAGUCCUCCAUGAAUGAGUACAUCGAGCAGAGGAAGCCCUGCGACACCAUGAAAGUAGGAGGCAACCUGGACUCCAAAGGUUACGGAGUGGCCACGCCCAAAGGUUCGGCCCUCAGAAACCCUGUAAACUUGGCGGUAUUAAAACUGAACGAGCAGGGCCUGUUGGACAAAUUGAAAAACAGAUGGUGGUAUGACAAGGGAGAGUGCGGCACCGGGGGAGGGGACUCCAAGGACAAGACGAGCGCGCUCAGUCUGAGCAACGUGGCGGGGGUCUUCUACAUCCUGAUUGGCGGGCUUGGCCUCGCCAUGCUGGUGGCUCUGGUCGAGUUCUGCUACAAGUCCCGGAUCGAGUCCCGGAGAAUGAAGGAGCUCAUCGACGCCGCCAUGAGCUCCGGCCACGGCGGGAUGGCGGGCGGAGGAGGAGGCGUGGCGGGAGGGGGGUACGGAGGAGGAGGCGUGGCGGGAGGGGGGUACGGAGGAGGAGCAGGGGGCGGGUCCAUCCUCGGAGGAGAGAACGGACGAGUAGUGACGCACGAUUUCCCAAAAGCCGGAGCUCAAGGUUUAACCUGCAUGAACAAAGCAGCCGGAAUGGGCGUCUCCUCAUCGGGCAUGUGAUGAAAACCGAGUCUUCUGAUUGGACGGGACGCUCCUGUCCGCCGUGCUGCUCACCUGGUUGUCCGUUCCGCAGAUUAGGAAGGAAAAAGAUGGAAGGAAGAGGGGAGGAGGAGAAAAUAAUACAUCUGAUGAACAGCGUGCACUUGAACACAACACAAGCUCCCAGAGGAGCUUAAAGAAAUGAACUUUUUCUACUCACGCCUCCUUUUCUCCUGCAAUAACACCAAAGGAGAGACUUGAUUUCUAACCUCCUUUGUCAAUGCACUUCCUACUCCUGCUCCUCCUCCCCCCCUUUGUCUGCUCCUCCUCCUCCCCCCCUUUGUCUCCUCCUCCUCCCCCCCUUUGUCUGCUCCU